CCUCUCCCUCUCCCUCCUCGGGGAGGAACUGCCGCGCUUCGGCUCCUUCUCCGCCGGCGGGCGGAUGGGCAGGGAGGCUCCGGGGUCUCCGGGUACCGCGGGACCCGGACCUGCACCUGGACGACCCCCCGCCGCCGGCGACGUGCAAGCCCCACCGAGCUCCAGAGCAGAAAAGAAUUCAUCAUAACCAUAAUAAUCAAGUCCCGCUCCGAGAUCGGUGGCCGGCCGCAGGUUCGGUUCGGCUAGGUUCGGUCCGGAGGCUCAGCCCCGACCCCAUCUCCUCUCCGGGCCAGCCGGUGGGCGCGAUGAGCCAGGCGCCGGACAAGCCGCAGCCGGACGACGAGGACGAUGACGAGGACGAGCUGGUGGGCUUCUCCGACUACGGGGACGCGCCGGACUCCUCGGACGCCGAGCGGGACAGCGCUGCGGAGGAGGGAGUUCUGGACUUCAGUGACCCCUUCAGCACCGAGGUGAAGCCGAGGAUCCUGCUCAUGGGCUUGCGGAGGAGCGGAAAGUCGUCGAUUCAGAAGGUCGUCUUUCACAAGAUGUCGCCCAACGAGACCCUGUUCUUGGAGAGCACCAACAAGAUCUGCCGGGAAGAUGUGUCCAACAGCUCUUUCGUGAACUUUCAGAUCUGGGACUUCCCAGGACAGAUUGACUUUUUUGACCCUACCUUUGAUUAUGAGAUGAUCUUCCGGGGCACAGGAGCACUAAUAUUUGUCAUUGAUUCCCAGGACGAUUACAUGGAGGCCCUGGCCAGACUUCACCUCACUGUGACCAGGGCCUACAAAGUAAACACCGACAUCAACUUCGAGGUAUUUAUUCAUAAAGUGGAUGGUCUGUCAGAUGACCACAAAAUUGAAACCCAAAGAGACAUUCACCAGAGGGCAAAUGAUGACCUUGCAGAUGCUGGACUAGAGAAAAUUCACCUCAGCUUCUAUCUGACGAGCAUAUACGAUCACUCAAUAUUUGAAGCUUUUAGCAAAGUGGUUCAGAAACUGAUUCCUCAACUUCCCACCCUGGAGAAUUUGCUAAACAUUUUUAUCUCAAAUUCUGGAAUUGAAAAAGCAUUUCUAUUUGAUGUGGUCAGUAAAAUUUAUAUUGCAACCGAUAGUACCCCUGUGGAUAUGCAAACUUAUGAGCUCUGCUGUGAUAUGAUCGAUGUUGUUAUUGACAUCUCUUGUAUCUAUGGUCUCAAAGAAGAUGGAGCCGGGACCCCCUAUGACAAGGAAUCGACAGCCAUUAUAAAACUGAAUAACACAACAGUUCUUUAUUUGAAGGAGGUGACUAAGUUCCUGGCUCUGGUUUGCUUUGUCCGAGAGGAGAGCUUUGAAAGAAAAGGGCUUAUAGACUACAAUUUCCAUUGCUUUCGGAAGGCCAUCCAUGAAGUUUUUUGAUGAGUGAGAUGAAAGUGGUGAAAUCUCGGAAGAUUCAGAAUCGACUGCAAAAGGAAAAAGGAGCCACUCCGUAAUGGGACCCCGAGGGUGCUGCUGUAGGUGAGGUCA